AAUUAAGAAGUGAAGCUUUUCCAAAAAACCAAAAGCAACAACAAAACCUGGCCUCGGAAGCCAAAACCACCGUGCCCCAUCUCCAACUCCACCAUGGCAACGGCAGCAGCGCCGCUACUAAGCAAAUCCAUAAUCCCACACCUCCGUCUGCACCUCUGCCUCCACCUCCAUUUCAACACCACACUUCCUGCAGCUGUUUGUUCACUUGUAAGAAGACCAUUUUACUCAGCAACAGCCUCUGAGUCUCCUCGGCCCAUUAGAAAACCACCACCACCACCACCCAUUACUUAUGACGACGAUAAAUUGUCUUUGUUGACCAAUAAUAAUAACAAAAGAAGGUAUACUACAAAAGACUCCAAAUGGGAAAAUGACCCUGAUUUUCGGAAAUGGAAAGAUAAAGAAGCUGAAAUACUUUUGGAUAUUGACCCCAUUACUUUUCUUAUUAAAGAUAUCCUUCAUUCCGACAGGUAUAUGGAUGGAGAGCGGCUUACACCAGGAGAUGAGAAAACAGUGGUAGAGAAGAUUCUUGCUUAUCAUCCUCAUUCUGAAGAUAAGAUUGGAUGUGGCCUUGAUUCUGUUAUGGUUGAUCGGCAUCCACAGUUCAGAAAUUCAAGAUGCCUAUUUGUUGUGAGAACCGAUGGCGUAUGGAUUGAUUUCUCUUACCAGAAAUGCAUUCGCGCUUACAUUAGACAAAAGUACCCUUCUUAUGCUGAAAGAUUUAUAAAAGAACAUUACAAACGCAGUAGUAGCUGACUUUGACUACUCUCCUCACUAUGCAAAACCAAACCUUAGCAGCGGGUUAGUAACCGACGGACCUUUGGUUUUAAUUCCGAAGGAAAUCUAAAAACCAUAGACGCGAUCUUGGACUUUGGGCGACCACCCGGUCCAAUGGUGGCAGAUUCCAACAUUUUGUCAAUGGUGGUAGAUAAUAGUUGUUGAAAUGGAAACAAAAUAGGGGAAAAAAUGAUUGAAGUUGAAAUUAUUUAAUUUUGUUGACUUAUAUUGAUGUUUGUUAUGCUUUAUGCCAUUAGUAAAUGUUUUCCUUUA